GUCGUCGAGGACGACGACGAGGCUGCGGUCGCAUUGGAGGAGCUGGAGCCGUCGCCCGCCGAGCCGAUUGUCAUCGAGCCGAACUCGUUCUACUUGAGUACGGGCUUCAGCGACGAUGGGGGGCAGCAGUGCGAUUGCGCGUGGCUGGAGCUGCGGGUCAUAGCUGCCUCCGAGCAGCUCGUGCGUGCGAGGCUCCUCUUCAACGGCGAUGCGUAUUGGGACUGGUGGGCGGCGUCUCCAGGCGUGGCGGGUGGGAUCUCCCCCAGCGCCCUGCUGCAAAUCUGCGCGGACGAGCCGCGCGGCGUGGAGGCGCCUGCGGGCCGUGACGAGCUUGUCCACGUCUCGGACGCCCGCAGGCUGGAGGCGGAGGACAUCGCCGAGGUCUUCUCCAACUGUCUGCCCCGCAGCCCCGAGGCGGUCUGGCCCGCGGACCUGCUGGGGCUGCGUGCGGCGCGGCUGGCCGCCCCACGCCAGUCGGCGCGCCCGACGAAGGAGAGUGCUGCGCCGCCGACACCUGGGGCAGCUGGGCUGCGCGCAGCCAAGCGCACGGUCGUGGGCCGCGACGCUCCCUUCGAUGAGCUGCUCGGCGACAGUGCCCUGGCCGUGCGGGCUGCAGGCCUCCCGCUCGACCUGGGGCCCGCGCGGGACGAGCUCAGGCUCGCUGCGGCGCGGAGCCGGUUCGCCUCGGCAGCGCCUGGAGCCGCUGCGGCUGGCGCACCUCUCGGCAGCGCAGAGGGUGCGCCGAGCGAGGGCAAGCCGAAGAAGCGGGGCUUCGCCGAGGUGCUCGCGGAGCGCAUGGCGAAGGUCGCCAAGGCCCCCAGCGCCGAGGCGGCGCGCGGCUCAAGAAGCCCAGCUGCUGCGGAUAUGGCCAGCGGGGGAGCUGCGGGCGAAGGCGCGAAGGAGCUGGCGACGGCGCUCAUGGCGGUGCUCAAGAGCUCGGUCGCGCAGGCCGCUAGCAGCUCGGGCGCCGGCGCCGCCUCGGACCCCCUCAGCGCGGCCGACGGGGCUGCAGCCACGGGGGGACUUGCGACCAAGCGGGCUCGCUGCAGGAAGAUGGCGCAGGACCAGCCUGGCAGGUUGUCGGAGCUCACGCUGAUGCAGAUGGCAGAGUUCCUCGGCGCCGUCGAGGGUGACACGGCGGUGGGCCCGACGACGGCGCUCGUGCUGAGGCACCUGCACGCGAUCUACUUGCCGCAGAACCCAGUGCAGCAGAUCGGGGUGGCUGCGUAUCGCGAGAUGCGGACGCUGGCCGAGGCGAUCGACUUUCUCCUCCAGGGCAAGAUUCCUCAGGCGCUGGACAUCUUGACCCAGCGGCUGAAGGCGGCGCAGGUGGCCGUCGGCGACGGCCACUGGGGCGCGGCGAAGUGGCUCGAGCUGAUCCUCGCCAUGGACGAGCCCUCCACGCUGCGCGACGAGGAGGAGGAGAUGGUCCGCAGCAUCGAGCUCGGCGAGUUGAAGCUGGAGGAGCUCAGCAGCCGGCUUCGCAAGCCUCAGGCGAGGCUGCCCGGCAAUCGCGCGCCCGACCGCCCGAGGGCGCCGAAGGGCAGCGCGAGGGAGGGCGAGGGGCCGCCUCAUCAGCGAGCCGCGCAGCUCGACAAGACCGCAGAGAAGCUGCCCGCCGGAGUCUCGCAGGCGCCGCGGAACUUCAGGGUGGCGAGGGCUGUCAGUCCGAGGAAGGACGGCGAGACAUCGAAGGAGUGCAAGGUGCGGCCGCGGGCCCUCAUGACGGAGUCGCGCGGCCAGAGGCGGCUGGAGCGCCUCCCAGCGGGGGCCAGCAGCGGGGGCUGGCGAGCACUUCUCUCCCACGCGGCAUGCGGGGGGGGCCUCCCCGCCGCGGGCUGUGCCGCGCGCGACGCUGGGGCGUGGUGCGACGAGGUCACGGUCCUGUUCGGCGCGACCAUCACGAGCGUCGACAUGACAGUGCACCUCGUGCAGCUCGUCGAGCGCCACCCUGGCAGCCUGGGGACUUUCUCGAGAGAAUUCGCAGAGCAUGUGUCCACACUUAGCGGGAGCGGCAGGCGCGUUCGUGACCUGCUGCCGCUGCCCCUGCCAAGUCUCCUGGCUGUCAGGCGCUGGUGCAAGAGCAGAGAUGCUGGGCACGCGUGCAGGGCCAGGCCUGUCGCUCGUCAGGUAGCUGAGGAGGCCUGGUUGCUUCUCACCGUCGCGGCGCUGAAUUACACGUACGGUGGUCUCUGCAGAGAGGGUUGGAGGCAUCGCCCGAUCUUGUCCCAGGCGCAGCAGCAGGCCAUGGGGUUCCUGAGGUCCCGCGUCGUCGACUUCCUGGGGCACCCGUUCGAGCGGGCGAGCGUGUCCACCGCCGACGCGGCCCUCAGCGAGGCGACCGUGGACUACUCAGGCGAGCCCUUGGCCAAGGCGUUGCCCUGCGUGCUCGCGGAGCUGGCGUCAGGCUUGCCGCAGCCCGAGCACGCCGCGGAGCUGGGCGCCCUAGACUUCGUGGAGCCCGACGUUGCCGAGUGGCUGGCCUCGCCCGAGAAGGCCCUCCUUCCCGAGGCCGACUGGCCCGACUCCAGGCCUCGAGCCAGGGCCAACGUCGCGGACGAAGCGGGUCGGCAUGAGCUCGCGGUGCACCUCGCGGAGCUGGGGAUCUUCGCGGUGCUGAGCGAGGACCAAUUCGUCAGGGUCAGGGGCGAGCCGCUCUUGAACGGGUCCUUCGCUGUGGCAAAGGAGGGCAAGCCAGGGCCAGGCUGCGAAGGGGCCACCGGGCUGAUCUUGAACAUGGUCCUUGGCAACGCCCUGCUCAAGCCGCAUGUCGGUGAAGCUUCGCUCCUCGCGGCGUCCACAAGCUGGGUGUCCCUGCACAUGCCCGAGGGCAAGUUGCUGUUGUGGUCGGGUGACGAUCAGAAGGGGGCCUUCUUCGUCUGGAGGAUCCCCAAGGCCUGGCACCCCGACAUGGCGGUCGGCAGGUCUCCCGCUGGCGCGCUCUUCGGGCGCCCCGAGCGGCAGGUGUACAUCGCGCCCGCGGUGAUUGCCAUGGGGUGGAUGCUGGCGGUGCCAAUCUUCCAGCACAUUCACCGCACGCUGCGCCGCCUGCCGCCGCCCAGGGGUGCAGGGCUUCCGCCUGAGCUGGAGUGGCAGAAGUGCGAGGCACGCCCGAUCGUCGAGCUGAGCAGUGGCUGCGAGGCCGGCUGGUGGCAGGUGUACAUCGACGACUUCGACGCGCCCGAGAUCGUGGACGAGGCGCGGGCGCGACAGCUCGGGGGCACCGAGGCGGACUGCCAGCAGCGCGUUCGCGAGAGCUACAGGUGCGCUGGCGUGGCCUACUCGGCGGAGAAGGCUCACCUGCGGGAGACGCGAGUUGAUCGCAUGGGGGCCGACGUGGAUGGCGUCCGCGGGCGGCUUGCAGCGCCAGGCCCCAAGGCGUUGAGCACCGCUGCCCUUUGCCUCGCGACGUUGUCGCAGGAGCGGGCGCCCUGGCGUGUGUGCAUGAUAGUCUUCGGCGAGCUGGAACGGGCUUUUGAAUUCGGACGCCCGCUUUCCGGCCUCCUCAACUCUGCAUGGCCAAUGUCGACGGCACGAUCUACGGUCCAGUACAAUGCCGAGAUGGUCGAAGAGUUCUUUUCGGGCCUCAUGCUGCUGCCUACAGCGGCCACUUCUCUCCGCGCCCGCAUUGAGGGGAUGGUCACGGUCUCGGACGCCUCGGAGUUCGGGGGCGGCGUCUGCGCGUUCACGAGCCUUCGGGGGGAAGCGACAUUGGCGCUCAAAUCCGUGAGCCAGGUCGCUGAUCACCUCGGCGCGGGCACUUGGCUGCUCAGCAUGCCUGUAGACCCGCGGUGCCCCUGGACCGUGUCUAACCCGAGGAUCCCGAAGGCAGUCGUGUUGAAGGUGCUCAAUGUUUUAGUCGGGGGGCUCUUCGACGUCAUCGGCGGCCUCGCGGUGUUGCUCUGGAAGUUGCCCGUCAGGAUCUUCGCCUAUGUCGCCGCCGAGACCGACGCGAAGGCCGGGCUCGUUAUCCAGCUGCGCUGGCCAGGCGCGUUCGACUGGGGCGGCGUGGCGCGGGGGGGCGAGAGCCUGGUGCAGGACCUCUUUGCCGCGUUCUCGGAGACUGUGGACGCGGGCGCCGCUGGCACGGGCGGCCCGUGCCAGGACCUCUCGCGGCUUGGCGCGAGCGGUGGGGGACUGCAUGGCCACAGGAGCUCCCUGUUCUACGAGGUGCCCUGGAUCUUCUGGCUCGUGCGGUUGGCGUUUGGGCGGCGGUUCUACUCGCUGCUCGAGAACGUGGCGAGGAUGACAGACGAGAACGUCAAGGUGGCGCCGCCGCUGCGCCUAGUCGACAAGGGACGCUACAUCGAGGUCAUGGCAGACAACGGGCUGUUGCUGGACAUCGAGUGGGAGGACCAGAAGUUUCGCUGGGCCAAGCGGCCAAGCUGCACGGAGAGAGAACCACUGCUCGGGUUCGACGUGGGUUACACCGCUGUAGCCACGAAGGGCUCGGACCCGCAGGCCGCCUCAGACGCCAGGGCCGUCCUGCUCGGGAACAGCUUCAGCGUCUGCGCGAUCGCGCGCGUCGGCCAGUGCCGCGAGACCUGGGACCAGUGCGGCUGCUUCGAGGACAGCUCGGGCGACCCGAACAUCGAGGAGGCCAGGCGCCUCGCCCUCUACUGCUUGGGCCGCGCGGAGCAGGGGGGCUCGGACGCGCGGCUGGAUUGCGGCCUGCCGUGCCGUCCAAGAGGCUGCCCUCGCUCGAGCCUGGGCCCCUUCGUGCGGCGGUGGCACGUCGUGCUGAGCAUGGCGUGGCCGCGUGAGGCGCGCGCGCACAUCAACGUGAGAGAGCUGCAGGCAGCGCUGGCAGCUAUGCG